AUGCCCUAUCGUCUCCGUCCCGUCCCGAAGCAACCCACGUGGAAAGCAAACGAAGAUGACGAAAAGCUAUACGCCAUGUACGACCGCCUGCUAGACAAAAUCGGUCCCCCAGAGCAGCUGGGUCGGGAGUUAUUAGAUGAAGACACACGGGUACGUAUAUCUCCUCUGUCCCUCCCUUAUCCCGUCGAUCUCUCCUCGCUGACACUUUGUUUUUUCCUUUGGGUGUAAAGUGGCUAGCAAUCACCCACAAAUCCUUCGACCACGGCCGGAGGGGUUUCAACGACCGCCUCGCUUUCCUGGGCAAAAGAAUCGUCGACCUCCAGACUUCCCUCGCCCUCCUCUCCAUGCCAUCCCCGCCUGUCUCCCUCCCCUCCGACCACGUCUUCAGACAUCCCUCCCUUGAGGGAGCGGACAAUAUCACCGCCUUCACGAAAGCACAAGUCUUGGAUAAGAGGCGUUUGGCCGACUUGGCGAGGAAGUUUGGGAUUCAAAGGGUCAUCAGAUGGAAACCGAGACGGAGUGACGAUUUGGAGACGUCCGGGGUGGACGUCGUGUUGGCGCAUACUUUGUACAGUAUCGUGGGGGCGUUGGCGUUGCACAAGGGUGGAGAGGUUGCGGCCAAGACGGCGAGGGAGAAGAUUUUGAGGCCGUUGGGUUUGAGAUUUUGA